AUAAAAUACACAAUUCCUCCUCGUAGGUCCACUCUAUGCAAUGCAAGUGGGGGAGCUUAAAACGUGUAGUCAACUUCUUCCCUUGUCUUCACUGGACAAAAACUUUAGUUGAAUCUUCUGCCUAGAUACAGCCGCCGCCCUUCUUACUUCGCUACUUCCCGGCAUUUGCUCUCACUUUCUUUCACUUCCCCCAUCAGUUUCUCUGAAUCUGCCCAAAGACUGUCCCCCUUCGAAUAUUGUAACCAGAUAGAUCAGAAAGAUUGCUUUUGGGUUCUUGAAUUCUUAGCUCUAUUUUCCGAGUUUAGCUUGAUUUGGGCGUUUUUGGGUCCUUGUGAACGAUUGAUGUGAGAGGAAAGCAGGCUGUCAGCUUAUCUGUGCCUUUUUAGCUGCUAUUCUGGUAUUUCAUCUCCAUCAGAUGCAUAAUACUUACUUUGGUAAAGAAUCUGACUUUGGAAUUUGUAGUUAUCAUUAAGUGAAUGUUUGCUUUAGGGUUCUAAAGAUCUUCGCCAUAACCUAGUCAUUUUGGUCUUUUCUUCUUCCGAUUCUGCUCGCUUUACUUGGGUUUUGUUAGCAUUUAAGAUUUUGUUUGCAAUUAGAGGGAAAGAGAAGGAAAAUUCACAUAUUUUAUACUCCAACUACACAAAUCCAGAAAAAUCUGUUUUGGUUUUCGAAACUCUGCUCGAUUACAUAGGCUCUGAGAUGAUGGGAGGGCAGUGUAGCAAGCCUGGCAAAAACAAAGGGGGCGAUACUUCACAAUCAAGUGCCCAAAUCAACAAGGAUAAGUUUACAGUUCAUUUGAAUUCUUAUGAGGAAGCUGUUAAGCAUGAUCCAAAGCUACAAUCAUUUGAUACUCAUCUCCAUGAACGAACCAACCGGGUUAUAACGUAUCUUGCAUCUGGUGUUGAGAUGAGAUCCUUGUCAUUUGAGUCACUCAAAGAGGCCAUCAAUGCUCUUCUUGAAAUGAACCAAGAAGUGGUCAAAAUCGCGCUGGAAAACCGAACAGAUAUAUGGAAGAGUAAAGACCUAUUUGCUCUGGUGGAGGAGUACUUUGAUAGCAGUGUUAAGAUAUUGGACUUUUGUAAUGCUCUUGAGAAUUGCUUGAAACGUGCUCGAAACAGCCAGUUGAUCAUUCAAAUUGCUGUUAGGCAGUUUGAGGAAGAAGUGGAAAGACAAGAUGGUGUCGAGGGGAUGAAGUAUACACGGACAUUGCAAGGACUGCAGAGAUUUAAGGCAGCCGAGAAUCCAUUUACGGAGGACUUCUUUGCAUUGUUUCAAGCAGUGUAUAAGCAGCAAGUAUCUAUGUUGGAGAAAUUUGAAGUUCGGAAACGAAAGCUUGAUAAGAAAAUGCGUAAAGUAAAAGGAUGGAGGAGGUUGUCAAAUGUGUUAUUUGUUGCUGCUUUUGUCUCCGUUUUGAUUUUCUCUGUCGUGGCGGCUGCCAUUGCUGCACCUCCUGUUGUAACUGCUUUGGCAGGUGCAUUAGCAGUUCCAGUUGGCUCCAUUGGAAAAUGGUGCGACAUGCUAUGGACCAGGUAUCAAAAUACGAUGAAGGGACAGAGGGAGGUAUUGAUCUCAAUGGAGAUUGGCACUCGUCUUUCAAUAAAGGACAUGGAAAGUAUAGGGGCACUUGUCGACAAACUGGAAAUUGAGAUCGGGUCAAUGUUGCAAAACGCGAAGUUUGCUCUUGCAGAAGAAGAUGCACUGAAGUUUGCGAUGGACGAGAUCAAGAAGAAACUGGACGUGUUCAUGGAAACCAUUGAGGAUUUAGGUGCCCAUGGUGAUAGAUGUAGCCGCGAUAUCAGGCAGGCCAGGACGGUGAUUCUGCAGAGGUUAAUCAACCAAAACAACGAUUCAAGUACCCCUUCAAUAUUGUAUGCACUAGAUUGAUAAUGCUGACACUGUUGGUUGAUUGAGUCGGAUUACAAUCCGUAAGGCACAGAUUUACGGGUUGGAUUUACUCCUGUUUUAUCUUUGUGUCUGGUUUAUGUAUUGGAUCAUAGCAGUAUUCAACUAGCAUUGAGCAUUGUUGCUUUUAUGUAAUAAAUAGGAAGCCUAACAAUUGCAGUGCUGGUUUUUUUCCAGAACUUAGCACAUGAAAAUUUACA